AUGGACAGCCGGCCCCGCAGCCCAAGCCCUUGCCCAGCGCCCUGGGGGGUGCUUCAAACCGGAGGACCCCGCCCGGCCAAGCGCCUCCGAUGGGAGGAGCCCGAGGUCCAGCCUGGGCAGUCAGGGACCGCGGGCGACCUCACCUCCGUGGUGGUCCUGGCCGCGGGCUGUGCCCUGCAGGUGCCCCUGCGCGACGCCGACCUGGUGCUGGAGCCCGCGCCCGCGUCCGUCCUGCGGGUGUCUCUCGGGAACCACACCCUCAUCCUGGUCCAUGAGGCCCUCCUGGACCCGGUCGUCGAAGACUCGAGAGGGGAGAGCGACUCGUCUGUCAGCCUGGAACUGGGCUCUUUCCUGACCGUUCUCGGGGACGACAUCGCCGUCGAACAGGGAUCCUUCUGCACAUCCACCUCGGAGACCGCCGCCCACGCAGAGGAGGACGCGAACCUCGAGUUCCUGCAGCUCUGGAACGACUCUCAGGCCAUCUUAGUCGCUGGGCUCCGCCCCUCCGCUAGAGGAGUCCCCGGUCCCUCCCCACGGGGCCCCAUCCCAGAACCCUCUCCUUGGGUCCCCAGCCUGGACUCCCACCUUCUGGGAGCCUUCCCCAGCUCACCACUCCAACCUUUGCCCCCCUCUCCGAGUCCAAGCCCCCAUGAGCGCCCCCAGCGCUCUCCCCGCCCUCCGUGCAGGGCUCGGAGACGCUUGUUCUAG